GCCCACUAUUCCUUGGCUCGAGUAAAUACGUUCUUUUUCAUAGAGUAGGAAUGUCUUCGUUUCCCACCGUUCAAAAUAUUUUUUGAUGACAGAAACUGCAAAGUCUCACUUGAAAAGAGUAUGGGAGUCUAUGAAAAGAUCGCGCAGAUUUGAUCGUGACAACUUGGAUACUCCUUUGAAAAGAUGUCUAACAGCUUUCGACCUUACCCUUUUGGGUAUAGGUAAUAUGGCAGGAGCUGGUAUUUACGUCCUAACUGGUACAGUAAUCCGUGACAAAUCUGGACCGUCUACAUUCUUGUCAUAUUUGGUUGCUGGUGUAACAGCUUUCUUAAACGCCUUGUGUUAUGCUGAGCUUGGUUCACGAAUACCUAAGUCAGGAUCUGCAUACACCUAUACAUAUGUGGCAAGCGGAGAGUUCUUAGCAUUUAUUGUUGGAUGGUCAAUGAUAUUAGAAUACGUUUUGUCUGUAUCAAGUGUUGCACGUGGUUGGAGUGGCACAGUAGACGCAAUGUCACAACAUGCUAUUAGUAAUGGAACAAAGAAUACUAUUGGCAGUUUUCCAUCGAAUGUGGAAUUUCUAGGCGACUACCCAGAUUUUAUUGGAGCUCUUUUAAUAAUUAUACUUGGUUUAGUACUAUUCCGGGGACCAAAGCUUUCAGCAAUAUUAAAUACUAUAAUAACAAUGCUAAAUUUAGUGGUAAUUAUUUUGGCCACUUGUAUUAUGUUUGCACGACCGAAUGAGCAUAGUUCAGAAUUUGCACCGGCUAGUCAUGGAGGUUUAUUUCCGUAUGGAUUCGGUGGUAUGAUUGGUGGAGCUGGAACAUGUUUUUAUGCAUUUAUUGGCUUUGAUGCUAUAACAGUUAGCAGUGAAGAAGCAUUAAAUCCUAAAAGAUCAAUGCCAAUUGCUACUGGUGUAUCAGUCGGUGUAGUUACACUUUUAUUCUUAUUGGCUAGCUUAGCUUUGACACUUUUUGUACCAUGGUGGACAGUUGACCGACAGGCUGCUUUUACAGCUGCUUUUCAUGUUCGCAAUUAUGAAUGGGCUACAUAUAUAACAGGAAUUGGCUCAUUGCUGGGAUUAAGUGCCAGUUUAUUUACAAGUAUGUAUGCAAUGCCAAGAGUAGUGUAUGCUAUGGCAAGUGAUGGUUUAUUGCCUAAAUUUCUAGGCUACCUAUUACCAUCUACACAAGUACCAGUCGUUGCAUUAAGUUUAUUUGGAAUAUUCUCUGCAAUUCUGACUCUUUUAUGUGAUAUUCAUUUAUUAGCUGACUUUUUAAGCAUUGGAACAUUAAUCGCUUAUACAAUUGUCUCAAUGAAUGUAUGUAUUCUGCGUUAUUGUCAGCCGCAACUAUAUUCUGGUCAAUGGAGUGAAUUAGAAUCACAUGAAGAGAAUCCUAGUUUUCCAACUGAUGAACGUUUAAAUAACGAAAAGGUUGUACGUGAAACUAAUGAAGCUGAGUUGAAUGAAUGGCCACACUCCAUUGGACGUUUGAAAUCUGCCUUUCGUCACUUACCGAUUCUUCGUGAUUCAACACCCGGACAUGCACCUAUUAUUUCACUGUUAAUUUAUACUAUCUGCGCUUUUGGUUUAGCUAGUCUUCUUUUACCAGGAGCUCAGUACAUUCAAGAAGCACGUUGGUGGGCAGUGGUGAUAUUUAUUUUAUUCUUAAUAGGAGCAAUUUUCUUCGUGGUUAUUAUGUUCCUACACGAACAGAACAAAUCAUUUGAUAGCUUCAAGGUUCCAUUUGUUCCUCUGAUUCCAUGUUUAUGUGUUUUCCUGAAUUUUUGUCUUAUGGUAAAAUUAUCACCUAUGACAUGGGUUCGAUUCAUUAUUUGGUUAGUUAUCGAUAUUCACCAUAAAACCAGUUCAGACGUAUGAUCUUCAUAACGGAACAACAAGUCUGCGGAGCACUUCUAAUAAAACGAACAAUAUUCAAUGUGUAUCUGAAUGGAAAUAAGCAAACUAACCGGACAAAACUGUUAUGAAAAACUUUUUCGCAAAACAGACUUAAAAUUUCCUAUUGCUGAGAGUAAUAUCAACAGACUAGGAUUCUAAGUAGCUAUUGGAUUGUUAAAAUUAAGUACCUAAGCUAUUGAGUCACAGUUACUCAAAUUGAUAUAUGAUCCAUGUUUAUUUUCUUGUUAUUGAACUGUGUACUGAUAAGCAUUUUAUUAAUUUAGUAAACACUGAACCACAGCGUGAUGGCUCAAAACUUGUAUAUAAGUCAAUCUCCUUAGCAAGCAUUAUUAUGUUAUGAAAAAUAUUCAGUUCAUUGACUUAUUAUAUUGUAAAAUAUUGUUCAUAGGUUUGAUUAUUUAUUUUGGAUAUGGAUGGAGGCACAGCAUUCAUGCAAGUAAUCCUGGAGAGUCAGGAAAAUUAAUCACAGUACCGAAGAUGGGUAGUUUUGACGAAGAUAUCACAGGAUCAGGUUUUGAACCGUAUGAAAAUGCAAAUACACUUCAAAAUUAUGAGCACAGACUGGAAUGAGUCUUUGAGAUUUUUUCGUGUUGUCUUGUGUUUAUAUAUAUAUAUAUAUACAUGUGCAAUGAUAUUUAUCAUGAUUAUUUUUUUCUCUCUUUAAUUCAAUCACUUGUCAGAUAUCUUUUUUUUGAGUCGGAAAAAUUAUGUUGUCUUUUUCGCCUGAUACGUCGCACAAUGACUUAAUAUUUAUUUAAAUAUUGAUCUCCUUUCGACUUAGUCUUUUGAUUAUGUUGUCUGUUUUGACCGAGUGAUUUGUGAAAUACUUGUAUUUCUGCUUUUGAUCUUUGUGUUCAAAAUGAAAAAAGUUACGAAUAUUUUAAAUCAGUGACAUAUGAGAGAAUAAUAUUUUUAGGAUAAUUGAUAAGAUUAGUAUUUCCAGAGUUUCUAUUGAGAUGUUUAAGACAUAACUACGAUGGUAUUAUUGGUAUAUUUACC